AUGUCACAAUUCAUUCCAUCGACUCUAACCAUCCAACCAAGCACUUCAUCAUCAUCUUCAACCACCACUUAUUUAAAUAACCAACAACAAGAACAUUCGAAAGAAAAAGACAAACAUUCGAAUAGAAAAUCACUCUAUCUAGUCAAAGUCCAUUUCGGUCAAGCACUUUCCGAGUCGGAAAUUCCCGAAUUUAUCAUCAAAUCCAUGAAAUUUCUCCUAAAACAUUGCUACAAUGUUGAGGGAUUAUUUAGAAUUUCAGGAAAUGCAGCCGAUAUUUCAAAAUUGAAAAAACAAUUAAAUGAUGGACAAGCAAUUGAAUUGAAAAGUAUUGAAAAUGUGCAUAAUAUUGCUGGAUUGGUAAAGAUGUAUUUUAGAGAAUUACCAAAUCCAUUGAUGACAUUUGAAUGUUAUGACAUGUUUGUAAUUGCAGAUUCGAUACCAGAUGAAUAUUCAAGAUUGGAUUGUAUAAAAAAGUUAUUGGCCUAUAUUCCACCUUCGAAUAGAUUAUUAUUACAGACCUAUAGGGCAGGUCAAAAUGUUGUCAGAUCUCUCAUUGACCAUGUUGAUUAUUUCUUCAUGAAUGAUUGCCUUUCCUAUAUUGAAUAUUUGGAUACUACAUUGAACACAACAAUUGUUUGUUCAUCACCUUCGGCUACCACUAAAAUUUCUGAGGAAAUUUAUGGAUCCAGUGUUGAGGAAGUAACCUCAAGCAUCAAAAACUUAUCUGAAAAGAUUACUAGAUUAAUUGAAUAG